GUGUAAUCUUCGACACAAUGGAAUCAGCCCACGAAUGAGAAUUUUCCUUGUGACGUGUUCGUUCCUAAUACUAUAAAACCAGAGACCACAUUCACCGGUUCAGUACGGCACAAGAACUGUUGAACUCACAAGUCCAGAAAAAUGCUGCGAUUCAUUGCUGUUGCCUGCGUUGUGGCCUGCGCGUUGGCCGACUCGGACUACCCCGCCACUGACUAUUAUGGGGGAUGUGGUGAAUAUGGAUGCACUUACGGUGUCCAAUCACAGGGUCCCUAUGGGGGCUAUGGAGGACUCAUCAGUACUGGUGGCAAUGGAGUGAGCACUGGUGUCGUUAGCACUGGAGGAUUUAACACAGGAUUGUUCGGUCUUGGAGGUGGGUCUGCUGCCGCCAGCGCCGCUGCUGCAGGAAAUGCCGCCGCUGCUGCCGCCGCCGCCGCUGGUCUGAAUGGUGCUGCUGCUUCCGCCGCUGCCGCUGCUGGUGGUUUAGGAUGGAACGUUGCCCCUAACAACUAUUGGUACCCCGGACAAUACUACACUUACCCCGGACAAUAUUUCACUUUCCCAGGACAAUACUACACUUACCCCGGACAAUACCACACUUACCCCGGACAGCAGUACCCUUUCCCAGGGUUCAACUAUAACAACCGAGUCUCUUUCCCCUACUCUGGAUUGAACCUUGGAGGUGGAUCGGCUGCUGCUAGCGCCGCUGCUGCAGGAAUCGGAAAUGCCGCCGCUGCUUCAGCUGCCUCUGCUGGUGGAUUCAAUGGUUUCAAUGGCGGAAUCAUCUUCGGUGGAUCUAGACGCAGUUUUGGAAGCAGGGGACUUAGAAAAGUAAGCCCUCUAGUAAUAUACCUAGAGUAUAGUAAAAAUAUUUCUGAUAUUUAUAUAACUAAGGAAGAUGCAUAUAUGAUUACCAUACUUAUGCGCUUGAUUUAUUGAGUUAAUUUAAUCAAUUAUCGAUCUUUUUAUUUCAGGUAUACUAAAUUGGUUGGAGGAAAUCAUGACUGCCUGUUACUGAAUGUUGUUUGAAUACCUUAAUAAAUUAUAAUAAAUUGUAUAUUUUCAUGAA